AUGUCUGGCAGCUGCUGCUCUAGGAAAUGUCCCUCCCUGCCAGCCAUCUCUCUCUGCUCCACCGAUGUGAGCUGCGGAGGACCCAUCUACUUGCCCAGUUCCUGCCAAAGCCAGACAUGGCAGCUGGUGACUUGUGAAGAUAGCUGUGGGUCAUCUGGCUGUGGUUCACAAAGCUGUCAGCCUUCUUGUUCUGCAAGCAGUUGUUGUCAACCUGUGUGCUGUGAGCCCACCGUUUGUGAGCCUUCCUGUUCUGCAAGCAGCUGUGCUCAACCCGUGUGCCUGGAGGCCACCAUUUGUGAGCCUUCCUGUUCCACGAGCAGUUGCUACCAGCCUGUGUGCCGUGAGACCUCUCCCUGCCAGCCAGUCCUCUGUGUGCCCACAUCCUGCCAGUCUGUCCUCUGCAAACCCAGUUGCUGCCAGUCAGUCAUCUGUGAGCCCAGCUGCUGUUCAACCGUUUGCACUGUACCUAGCUCCUGCCAACCACUGAUCUGUGAGCCCAUGGUCUGUGAGCCUGUGGUUUGUGAGCCUGUGGUCUGUGAGCCUGCUUGUUGUCAGCCAGUAUGUCCGACACCUAGUUGCUGUCCGUCUGUCUACUCUGCAGCCAAUAGCUGCCAACCCAUCUGCUGUGAUUCCAGUCCCUGUGAGCCACCUUGCUCAGAGACCAGUGUUUGUCAGCCAGCUACCUGCAUGGCUCUGGUCUGUGAGCCUGUUUGUCUCCGUCCUGUCUGCUGUGUUCCAAGCCCUUGUGAGCAACCCUCUGACUCUAGCCAAGAGUCUCCCUGCUGUGUCUCCAGUAUCUGCCAACCUGUCUGCUCUGAGCCCAGCCCUUGUCCACCAUCUGUCUGUGUGCCCAAUCCAUGUCAACCUUCCUGCUAUGUAGUCAAGCGCUGUAGUUCUGUCUGUGGUGAACCUGUUUCCUGUCCAUCUACUUCCUACCAACCUCUCUGCUGCCGCCCUGGGUCAUCUGCUUCUGCCAUCUGCCAACCAGCUUGCCCUCCUAGAACUUUCUACAUACCCAGUUCCUGCAAAGAGCCUUGCAGUCCUGUUUCCUACCGCACCAUUUGCCGCCCAAUCUGCCGUCCCAUCUGCUCAGGGCCCGUCACCUACAGGCAGCCGUACCUGACAUCCAUCUCUUACCGUCCUGCCUGCUACCGCUCCUGUUAUUCCAUCCUACGCCGCCGCCCCACCUGCUUCACUUCCUACUCCUACCGCCCAGUCUGUUCCCGCCUGCCUUGCUCUGAUUCUGAUGCCUGUAAGAAAGACUGCAAAAAGUCCACCUCCAGCCAAUCUGAUUGCGCCGACUCAACCCCCUGCAAGUCAGAGGUCUCACAGGAGACUCCCUGCCAGCCCUCUGAGGCCAAACCCACCAGUCCAACCCCCUGUGAAGCUGCAGCCCCCCAGCCUGCUGCCAGCAAACCUGCUCCCAGCAAGCCUGCUCCCAGCAAGCCUGCUCCCAGCAAGCCUGCUGACCACUGA